AAAACUGUACGACGCGAAUAGGUGUUGUUGUGGGGCUUGAACCAGAACAUAACAAGUCUCCUUACUAGAAUAACCAAUUUUGCACAAUUCACAAUUUCCAGCAUUUUGAAGGUAUCCACUAGUAUCGCUUCCUGGUAUAUGUAUCCAAAUCUUGAUUUAGUCAUGUGAGGCCGGGCAAGACUGGGAUCAUAUUUCAGUAGAGACUGAACAACGCGUUCUCCCAACUUGGUAAUCAACAUGUGGUUAUCAGCAUCCAACAUUUGUGCGCAAUGUUGUUUUGCAGUAAUGAUUGGAAAUGCAUUUGUUUUUGCACAAGAACAAUGCAAAGUAACUGACCCAUGCUCAUGCAGGUUUGACGAUGGUAGGAAGAUAUCACUGAGACCCAUCGACAGAAAGGGUUCGCCAAGGUUCACUGUCAUUUCAGCUACGACGGGAGCCACAUUUAAAUACAACCCUUGUACACCGUUCAGUGCAGACAAACCCAGUGGGCAAUGUGUUAAUGUGUUGGCCUGUCAAAGCGGCUUGAUUGGAGCCACCCCAAUUGCUUUGGCCUACCCAAACUCCACAGCCAGCAAGUACGACAGUAGAAAAGACAAAUAUACCUUUGUUUACACUGGUGGAUCGACUGGUAGUCAAAACCUUAGAUAUAAAACCAUUCUCGUGCUGAAUUGUGAUAAGAAGGCCGAUAGUCCAAGCCUCACGUCUUUUCAAUACACUGAAGCGUUCACAUACGAAGCAACGUUGACAUCAAAAUAUGCCUGCCCUUCCAGCGUUCUAAGCACUGGUUCAAUUUUAUGUAUAGUGUUUUUUUCUUUACUAUUGGCAUAUUUGGUGAUCGGAACGCUGCUAAACAAAUUCGCAUUCCACAAAGAAGGGUCAGAUGUAAUACCUCAAAGAAUUUUCUGGCUAAAGUUUCCAGGCCUUGUUAAGGACGGUAGCAUAUUUACAUAUCGGAAAAUCAGAGGAAAGGGUGGACAGUAUGAAACAUUAUGAUCUAGAAACUUUUUUAGGCUACUAUCUAAUGUGUGAUCUAAUGUGAAAUUAAUUGUAACGGAAUGCAAAACCAGUAUUCCGUUACAUCAGGAUAUGGUGGUUACAAACAUUGUUAAAUGAGAACCUUUUUUUCUUUAUUUAGCUGCAUCCAGCAUUAAUUGUGAUCUGUUUAUGCAUACUCCGAAAAACCUACCUAAUGCUUGUGAAAAUAAAUUCUGUCAAGACAGAUAUUUUUUGUUAAAAACGUAAUAUAAUGGAAUUAAUAGGUAGAAUAUUAGAUAUCCGAUAUUGGAUAAGCUGAUGUUUAUUUUGAUAAAAAAAUGAUGGGUUGGAGUUCUUGAAAGUUGUGAAGGUAGAAUGUGAAGACCCUUGGCAUUUAGUUUUUGUACCAAUUUCAAUUUUUAUCUUUCCUUUCAAAACCGUUAUCUUUUAUUGUAAUUUUGGGAUAUGUUUUUCAAAUGGCAAUAGUUUAGAAAUGAAUCAUUAGAUAGAUAAAAUUUUAUGGCCAAAACCCUAA